AUGCCGCCCCUCUCCCUCCCGACCGUCCUCUCGGUCUUGACCCUUGUCUGCGUGAGUAGCUCCCCCGUCCCCCCUCCCUCCUCCCUUCACACCCCUUCCACCAUCCCACGCGCGUGCGCAGACGCGCUUUCCGUCCAGCGCUUCCCCUUCUGCAACUCGUCCCUCUCGACUCGUGCGCGGGUCAACGACCUCGUCCAUCGUCUGUCCCUCCCCGAGAAGGUGACGCUCCUCACUGCUCGUAGCAGCCCCCGAGGCAACGUGAGCGCCCUCGGUCUCCCCGAGUACAACUGGGGAGCCAACUGCGUCCACGGCGUCCAAUCCACGUGCGGCUCCAACUGCCCCACGUCGUUCCCGAACCCCGUGAACCUCGGCGCGAUCUUCGACCCGCACGUCGUGUUCGCCAUGGCACAAGUCGUGGCCUGGGAGCUCCGCGCGCUGUGGCUCGAAGGCGCGCGGGAGAACUACGCCAAGGGGCCGCACCUGGGGCUCGACUCCUGGUCGCCCAACCUCAACCUCAACCGCGACCCGCGCUGGGGCCGCAACAUGGAGACGCCGUCCGAAGACCCGCUCGUGAAUAGCAACUACGGCGUCGCGUACACAAAGGGGCUGCAGGAAGGCAAAGACAAGCGCUUCUUGCAAGCCGUCACGACGCUCAAGCACUUUGUCGCGUACUCGUUCGAGAACUCGGAAGGGAUCGACCGAAGCGCGUUCAACGCCGUCGUGUCCCGCUACGACUUUGCCGACUCGUACUUGCCGGCGUUCCGAGCGUCCGUCGUCCAGGGGAAGGCCAAGGGCGUCAUGUGCUCGUACAAUAGCGUCAAUGGCGUGCCCAUGUGCGCGAACGAGGAGCUCAACACCAAGCUCUUGCGUCGCGCGCUGGGCUUUGAUGGCUACAUCACGAGCGACUCCGGCGCUAUUGGAGGGAUCUUUCACGAGAGACAUUACACCACGUCGCUGUGUGAAGCAGUGCGGCUCGCGAUCGUAUCGGGAACGGACAUCAGUAGCGGGACCGAGUAUGAAAAGUGUCUGGCUGAGCUUGUAACGAGCGGACGUUUGUCCGAGGAGGUGGUGGACGACGCGUUGCGGAGGACGCUGCGGCUCCGAUUUGAGCUCGGGCUCUUUGAUCCCAUCGAGGACCAGCCGUACUGGCACGUGCGACCGAGCGAGGUGAACACGGCGGCGUCCAAGCAACUGAGUCUCGACCUCACGCGCAAGUCGCUGGUGCUUCUGCAGAACCACGGCAAUGUCUUGCCGCUGACCAAGGGCAAGAAGCUGGCGGUGAUUGGACCACACGCGAUGGCGAAGCGGGCUCUGCUGGGCAAUUACUUGGGCCAAAUGUGUCACGGCGACUACUUGGAGGUCGGGUGUGUGCAGACAAUGCUGGAAGCGAUCGGGGCUGCUAACGGUCUCUCAAACACAGUCUAUGCCAGAGGAUGCGGUAUCAACGACACUUCGACUACAGACUUUGAUAACGCGGAAGCAGUUGCACGAGAAGCAGAUGCCGUCGUUCUGUGUCUCGGACUUGACACGUCCAUUGAGCGCGAGGGGGGAGAUCGUGAGAAUAUUGAUUUGCCUGAUAUCCAGAUGCAGCUUCUGAAGCGAGUUCGAUGUGCCGGCAGGCCAACGGUUGUAGUGCUCUUAAACGGGGGCAUAGUGGGCGCUGAAGAGCUCAUCUUACAUACUGAUAGCGUCCUGGAAGCGUUUUAUCCUGGAUUCUUUGGUGCCCAGGCUGUGAGCGACGUACUGUUUGGCGAUGCCGUCCCAAGUGGCAAGCUGCCUGUCACGAUGUACUCGUCUGAUUACAUUCACAAGGUGGACAUGAAAAGCAUGAGCAUGACGAAAUACCCUGGUCGCUCGUACCGCUACUACAAAGAGGUACCCGUGUUCCCUUUUGGAUGGGGUCUGAGCUACACUAAAUUCACGUUGGCUCCCGACUCCGACAGUCAUGCGACAGACCCAGAUACACCUCUCAUUGUAACGCGUGAGUUGGGUGCGAACGUCACUGUCAUCGUAUCGAACGACGGCAGUUUCGCUGGCGAUGAAGUCGUGUUUGCGUUCUUCCGCCCCUUGAACGUAAGUCUGACGGGGAACGCUGCGCUGCUGAAUGAGCAGUUGUUUGACUACCGUCGCGUAAGCUUGCGCCCUGCGGAGGACAGUAAGGUCACUUUCCGUAUCCAGCAGAGGACGUUAGCGAUGGUGGACGACAUAGGCAACCAUGUCAUCCACCCCGGUUUCUACGAAGUCAUCCUAACGAACGGGGUGCAUGAGCGGGUGACGUUUGUCGCUCACGUGUUCGGUGAGUAUGACAUUAUAAACAAGCUUCUGACGGAUCAGGAACACGCACGAUAUGGAUCGCCCGCUCGACCAGCACUAACGAUGGAGUCGUAG